GCUGAGUGCUGUGCCGGACGGCGGCGGAGGAGAAGAGAUGGCGGCACCACCGGCGAGAGCGCGCGCGGACUACGACUACCUCAUCAAGCUCCUCCUGAUCGGCGAUAGCGGGGUUGGAAAGAGUUGUUUGCUUUUGCGCUUUACUGAUGAUUCUUUCACCACUAGUUUUAUUACCACAAUAGGGAUUGACUUUAAGAUCAGGACAAUUGAACUUGAUGGGAAACGUAUUAAGUUGCAGAUAUGGGAUACAGCUGGUCAAGAACGUUUUCGUACGAUUACAACAGCUUAUUACAGGGGAGCAAUGGGUAUUUUGCUGGUUUAUGAUGUCACUGAUGAAUCUUCUUUCAACAAUAUUAGGAACUGGAUUCGUCAAAUUGAGCAGCAUGCAUCUGAUAAUGUUAACAAAAUAUUGGUUGGCAACAAGGCUGACAUGGAUGAGAGCAAGCGGGCUGUCUCUACAUCGCAGGGCCAGAUGCUAGCUGAUGAAUAUGGCAUCAAAUUUUUCGAGACUAGUGCAAAAACAAACUUCAAUGUGGAGCAGGUCUUCUUCUCAAUUGCUAGGGACAUCAAGCAAAGACUAGCAGAUAGUGACUCUAAAUCUGAGCCCCAAACCAUCAAAAUCAACAAUCCAGAUGCUGCUGCUGCCCCCAGCAUUGCGGAGCAGAAAUCAAGUUGCUGUGGUUCCUGAAUGAUUAUCAAGCAAAGUGAGACUCCUUGGAGUUUCUUGUGCACCUGUGCUUUCUUAUGUGGUUGGGGCAAGCUGUCCAGCAUAACUGAGGCAACACAAGAAGCCAGCACCUUUCGCUACCGUUAUUUAACCAGUUGAGAGUUCUAUGCUCUCAUCAAUUUACCUAAUUUGAAUACUCAAAUGAUCCUUCCUGUGCUGGCAUCCACUGUUUCUACCAAUUCCUUCCCUGUGCUCUUUUUAUUUCUGCUUUUUCUCCCCAUUCUUUUCUUUUGAAGGAAUCUUUAUUAAGUACAGUUCUGACUCUAAUGAGAUGAUGUUCCUUAAAGUGAAAUAUCCCCAGCGUGAAACAAAAUACUGUUGGUUACUUGGUUUAACCAUAAUGAUUAGAUGCGUUGCUAUA